AUGAAUCUUCCUACUAUUAAAGUUCAAUUUCCUCCGCGGGUUACUGUUGAGGAAAUAGUUCAAAAACAAUUAGAUAAUAAUAUCAAAAAUGUAAAUCAUACACCUAAUUCCUUUUUGAUUUACAGACGUGAAUUUAAUAACGAAAUUCACAAAUCUCAAGUUAAUCUUAAACUUGAAGAUAUUUCAAAAUUAGCUGCAGUUUCUUGGAAAACGGAGCCACAACAAAUAAAAAAUUAUUAUAAAAAAUUGGCCAAGGAGGUCAAAAAUUCUUUUAAAAAGCGUGUCCAAUCUCUGUGUUUCAUUGAUGAAUCAGAUAAAUCAAACAAAAAAAGAAAGAAAAUUGCUACAAGUAACAAUAUAUCCUUUAACAAUGAUUCUCCUUCAUAUUCUAUUUUUACUCCACUAUUAAGCCAAUCUUUUCAAAAUCAAAAUGAAUCCAUUAGUCCUAUCGCUAUAGGUAGCAAUGUCCCUCUUAUUCCCAUAUAUCAGAAUUAUGAAUUUAUUGUUAACACAAAUUAUUCUCCAAACCAUCCCUCCCAAAAUCAUGACUAUUCUAAUAGCAAUAUUUCUCUUCCUUAUUCUUUUAUUACUCCAUUAUCGGGUCAACCUUCUCAAUAUAUUAAUUAUGUCAAUACAAAUGAAUAUGAAUUUAUUAAUUUUAUUGAUACUAAUAACAACAUUUCUCUUAAUAAUUAUUCUCUUUAUUCUUCUCUUACUCCAUUAUCGGAAUCAUAUGAAGAUAAAUUUAUUAGUCCUAUUGCUACCGGCAAUAUUUCUCCUUACACUUCUUCUCAUUCUCCUCUUACUUCAUUAUCAGGUCAAUCUUCUCAAUAUAUUGUAUCUAAUGACGUUAACUCUGUUGACAAUUCUCCUUACUCUCAUUAUCUUACUCCAAUAUUAAUCAAUCCUCUCAAUAUAUUGUAUCUAACGAAC